CAGACUCCAAUAGAUCAGAACAGUGACAAAACUAUUCUUGAUGCUGGUUUUGAGCCAGGGAAGAAAAAUUUUCUGCUUUUGACAGACAAAGAUGGUGAACAGCCUCAUACAAUGCCAGAGGAGUCAGGUACGACAGAUGAUGGUGCCCAGGAGAGAUUUAUAGGCCCUCUGCCAAGGGAAGGCUCUGUGGGAUGUACCAGUGACUACGUCAGCCAGAGUUACUCCUGUUCUUCAGCCCUGUGCAAGUCAGAGACAGGCUAUGUGGGGCUAGUAAAUCAAGCAAUGACUUGCUACUUGAACAGCCUUCUGCAGACACUUUUCAUGACUCCUGAAUUUAGAAAUGCACUGUAUAAGUGGGAGUUUGAAGAGUCUGAAGAAGACCCUGAGAGGAGUAUCCCCUACCAGCUUCAAAGGUUGUUUGUUUUGCUGCAGACCAGCAAGAAAAGGGCAAUUGAAACAACAGAUGUUACCCGGAGUUUUGGAUGGGAUAGCAGUGAAGCAUGGCAGCAACAUGAUGUGCAGGAGCUCUGUAGGGUCAUGUUUGAUGCUUUGGAGCAGAAGUGGAAGCAAACGGAGCAGGCUGAUCUUAUAAACCAACUGUACCAAGGCAAACUGAAGGACUAUGUGAGGUGCCUGGAGUGUGGCUAUGAAGGCUGGAGGAUCGACACGUACCUGGAUAUCCCUCUGGUCAUCCGGCCCUAUGGCUCCAGCCAGGCCUUUGCGAGCGUGGAGGAAGCUCUGCAUGCCUUCAUUCAGCCCGAGACCCUCGAUGGCCCAAAUCAGUAUUUUUGUGAGCGCUGUAAGAAGAAAUGUGAUGCAAGGAAGGGCCUGAGGUUCCUGCACUUUCCAUAUCUGCUGACGCUGCAGCUGAAGAGAUUCGACUUCGAUUACACCACAAUGCACAGGAUCAAACUCAACGACCGCAUGACCUUCCCAGAGGAGCUGGACAUGAGUGUCUUCAUCGAUGUCGAAGACGAGAAGUCUCCUCAGACUGAGAGUUGCACUGACAGUGGAGCUGAAAACGAAGGCAGUUGUCACAGUGAUCAGAUGAGCAAUGAUUUUUCUAAUGAUGAUGGAGUUGAUGAAGGAAUCUGCCUUGAAAGCAAUAGUGCAGCAGAAAGGAUUUCCAAAGCUGGCAGUGAAAAGAGUUCUUUACUGUAUGAGCUCUUCUCUGUCAUGGUUCAUUCUGGAAGUGCUGCUGGUGGCCAUUAUUAUGCCUGUAUCAAAUCCUUCAGUGAUGACCAGUGGUACAGCUUUAAUGAUCAGCAUGUUAGCAAGAUAACUCAGGAAGAUAUUAAGAAGACAUAUGGAGGAUCCUCUGGAAGCAGAGGCUAUUAUUCCAGUGCUUUUGCCAGCUCCACAAAUGCAUACAUGCUGAUCUAUAGGCUGAAGGAUCCAACAAGAAAUGCAAAGUUUCUUGAGGCCCAUGAGUAUCCAGAGCACAUCAAACAAUUGGUACAGAAAGAGAGAGAACUGGAGGAGCAGGAGAAGAGGCAGCGCGAGAUUGAGCGCGUGCAAGGUUUUCCUGCUGAGCUCAGAGCAGCACGUGGCCAGGAGGAAAUGAUUAAGUUGUUCUGCAUGCAUCCCACCAAACAAAUAAUGAUGGAGAACAAACUGGAGGUUCACAAGGACAGGACACUGAAGGAAGCUGUGGAAAUAGCUUAUAAGCUCAUGGAUUUGGAGGAGGCUGUGCCUUUGGAUUGCUGUCGACUCGUCAAAUACGAUGAGUUUCACGACUACUUGGAGCGAUCGUACGAGGGAGAUGAGGAUGCAACAAUGGGAUAUUUACUUGGAGGUGUCAAAUCAACAUACAUGUUUGACCUGCUGCUGGAAACAAGAAAACCUGACCAAAUCUUCCAGUGCUAUAAACCUGGUGAGGUCAUGGUAAAGGUUCACGUAGUCGACCUAAAGGCUGAAUCUGUUGCUCCUCCAAUAAAUGUCCGAGCUUAUUUGAGUCAAACAGUUUCAGAAUUUAAACAACUAAUUUCUAAGGCCACACUCCUCCCUGUGGAGACCAUGCGGGUGGUGCUGGAGCGUUGCUACAAUGACCUGCGGCUCCUCAACGUCUCCAGCAAAACACUGAAGGCUGAAGGCUUCUUUAGGAGCAACAAGGUGUUUGUUGAGAGCUCGGAGUCCGUGGACCGUCAGGUGACAUACACAGAUUCCCAGCUCUGGAAGCUCCUGGAUCGCCAUGCCAACACCAUCAGGCUCUAUGUUUCCUUGCCAGAACAGGCUCCUGCCUCUCAGUUCAGACGAGCAGCUUACCAGAAGUCUAGUGCGGGGGCAGGCAACCUGGAUGAGGCCUGUGAGAGGGUAAAAGGACCUGUAGGUAAUAUGAAGUCUGUAGAGGCAAUUCUGGAAGAAAGCACCGAGAAGCUGAAAAGCUUGUCCCUGCAGCAGCAGCAGGAGGGAGAUAACGGAGACAGCAGCAAAAGCACAGAGGCCAGUGAUUUUGAGAACAUCGAGUCACCCUUAAAUGAAAUAGACUCUUCAGCAUCAGCAGAGAACAGAGAACUUGAGAACCAGAUCCAGGUUUCUGACCCCGAGAACCUGCAGUCGGAGGAGCGAUCGGAUUCCGACGUCAACAACGACCGGAGCACGAGCUCGGUGGACAGCGACAUCCUGAGCUCCAGUCACAGCAGUGACACCCUGUGCAACGUGGACAGUGCCCCCCUGCCCCUGGCCAACGGGCUGGACUCGCACAGCAUCACGAGCAGCAGGAGGUCCAAGGCCCACCAGGGCAGGAAGGAGACGUGGGACACGGCGGAGGAGGACUCGGGCACCGACAGCGAGUACGACGAGAGCGGCAGGAGCAGGGCCGAGGCACAGGACAUGUACUUCAGGUCGGAGCCCUACGCCGCAGAGCAGGGCUCGGCAGAGGGGCACAAAUGGCUGAUGGUGCAUGUUGAUAAAAGAAUUACACUCUCUGCCUUCAAGCAACAUUUGGAGCCUUUUGUUGGAGUUCCAUCUUCUCACUUCAAAGUCUUCAGAGUCUAUGCCAGCAAUCAGGAGUUUGAGAGUGUUCGGCUGAACGAGACACUGUCGUCGUUUUCUGAUGACAAUAAGAUAACUAUUAGGCUUGGCCGGGCCCUGAAGAAGGGUGAAUACAGAGUCAAAGUCUAUCAGCUCUUGGUAAAUGAGCCCGAGCCGUGCAAGUUCCUGCUGGAUGCAGUUUUUGCAAAAGGAAUGACUGUCCGGCAGUCCAAGGAGGAGCUGCUUCCUCAGCUUCGAGAACAAUGUGGCCUAGACUUGACAAUUGACAGGUUUCGCCUACGAAAGAAAACCUGGAAGAAUCCAGGCACUGUGUUCCUGGACUAUCAUAUCUAUGAAGAGGAUAUCAAUAUUUCAAGCAACUGGGAGGUCUUCUUAGAAGUACUUGAUGGAGCAGAAAAGAUGAAGUCCAUGUCACAACUUGCUGUUCUGUCGAGACGGUGGAGGCCAUCAGAAAUGAAACUAGAUUCUUUCCAGGAAGUAGUGCUAGAGAGCAGCAGUGUUGAAGAAUUAAAGGAGAAGCUGAGUGAAAUAAGUGGAAUACCCUUAGAAAACAUAGAAUUUGCAAAGGGCAGAGGAACCUUUCCUUGUGACAUUUCUAUACUAGAGAUUCACCAGGACUUGGACUGGAAUCCUAAAGUGUCUACACUGAAUGUCUGGCCCCUGUACAUUUGUGAUGAUGGUGCAGUAAUAUUUUAUAGGGAUAAAACUGAAGAGUUAAUGGAAUUAACAGAUGAGCAAAGAAAUGAACUGAUGAAAAAAGAAAGCAGCAGACUCCAGAAAACUGGACACCGGGUAACCUACUCUCCACGUAAAGAAAAAGCACUAAAAAUUUAUCUGGAUGGAGCACCAAAUAAAGAUUUGACUCAAGACUGAUACUUGCUAUAGCAUUUUCCCUGGGGAAUUUUUUUUGUUUCAAAUCAAGAGGUUCACUACUACUGUGUAGUGCCGUUGGGCAGGACAUUGAUUAGGUGUGUGGCGCUCGGGCUGCCACGGCCACGGGGCCACUGCUUGACUUGGAAUCAUGUUGUGCACUAUAGUCCAAUGUACUGUAAAGCUAAAAGGGAUGUGCAAAUAAAAGAU